ACAACCUCGAUCUGUCUUCUUUACAUCUUGUGGCAAAUCGCGAGUUCUAACUUGUCAAAAAGGCAUCCACCACUCAUUUCCUCGAAAGUGAGCAAGUAUCCCUACUUGGAUGUGCAUCAUCAACUGGAGUGGAUAACAGAAUACUCGAAGAAUGAGAGUGACCUUUCCUUGGGCAAACCAGUCAAGAUUUUCUACGACAGACGUCUGCUCUAUCACGUCACUGAGUCUGAAGGGUGUCGGUUCAAAUGCGUUUACACAAAAGACGUGGAAGAACUAGAGGCGGGUGACAUCGCCGUCUUUUCAGCUUCAUUCAGCUCAGCUAGCGGUGAGGAACUAAAGAGAAGAGGCGUAUGGGUAGCAUUUGAGUCGGCUGAAAGUCCUGUUCAUAUGAGGCAGCUUAAUGAAACUCAAGCAAUUUUGGUGGAUAUGUUCAUUACUUACAUGCCAUGGUCUGAGUUACCCUUCAUGUACCCCAUGUUCAUUCGAAACGUGAAUCCACAUUAUUCGUUUACUCGAGAGGAAGUUGACAAGAUGUUGACCAGAAAUAACACUCAUCUUUUGCCAACAAAUCAUUGCGGCAGAACCAAGUUGGUGACUUGGAUGGUUUCAAAUCUGAACCCUAAAAAUGACCGGAAGAAAUUUGCAGAGUUGCUUCAAUUGUUUGUACCAAUGAGUUAA